AUGAUUUUCGUGCUCUUAGACUCCAUCCUAACGCGAACAGUAGACAGUAAUUCCUUGAAAGGCCCUGAAGCUAUACUCAAAUUGCAACAACUAGGCUUCAAUCUUGGUUUUCGCUCCGGCAGUGCAUAUACCAAGACUCUGCCUCCACAACAGCUCAGCGACUCCAAGAUGCAAGUUUCUUUUAUUGCGUUUAUUUGGGAAGCGCUGUUUGGGCCAGAAACCAGAACGUUCCUUGGAAAUCCUACCAUUAAAGAUAUUGAGACACUCUUUGAGGGAGCAGAAUUGCCUCUUGCGAGCUAUAAGCUUGUUAUGCAAAAAGACAAUUUACUCACCUUCUAUUGUGCAUUUAUUGAGGGGUGCAUUUCAGGUGCAAUAGAUUCUCUUGGCCUACUGGGCAAUGUGACCAUUACCCAGGUGGAUGGCCCGAAGGUCAUGCUCUCUGUUUCUGUAGCUGUAGAGUAA